ACAAACUGAAUUAGAACCUUCGUUGACAAACGUACACUGGGAACAACCCCAGUUGUCUGUAAGAGGGCCUUUAGAAACUGAAGGAAUGGAAGAUUUAGGGAAUGGUCGUGGUUUAAAACCCUCUUCCGGGCAAGGUGAAUGGCAAACUGUACAGUGAACUCCGACAUUGUCAUAUAACAAACUUUGGCAAUUAGGACAUUUCAAACCUUCUGAACUUUGCUGAGCAAUAGUUGGAUGUAAUUCAAGCGACAGAUUGGGAUAAAUUCUUUGACUUGAAGAGGUCCCUUCACUUUCUGAAGCUUUCACAGAAUUGGAAACAACGAUAGAAGGUUCGAACUGGCAAGCAGAACAGACAGAUCUAUUCCACGGAUUCGUUAAAGUGCAUCGAGGGCAUGUCCAUUGUUUACCAUUGCUAUCAGCAUUUCGAGCAACCCCCUUAUCCGAUCCACAGCUAUUACAAAGAACUAAAGUUUGUGGAUUACGAGAGUCACAAACUCGACAAGUCCAUGUCGCGGUGGAUUGUUUACGAUGGCCACAAGCGGAGCAGGUGGAAUUUCUGCCUGGGUUUAUCAAGGUACACUGCUUACAUGUCCACUGUUGUUCCAAAGAAAACUUCGCUCCCAUCUCUUCCAUUUGUGGGUUUAACGCAAUCUAAACUACACGAUCGAUCACAAAUAUGGACUACACAUCAUCACGAAGACUUGUAUUUGAUAUCACAAACUACAUACACGGUGGAGUGGUUAGUUUCCAAUUUUAGAUAAGUGUUACCGAACGAAUCAAGAGGCCACAAACGAAUUUUUUCACCUUCUCCCAUGCAAUAUUUUUGUAACAACUGAAAACGAGGCUUACUUUUACCGGAAGUCAGUAUGGCAGGUUAUAUUUUUCCAUCACUCUUGUUCUACUCUUUCGGUUUCCUACUAGAGGGGAUUCCACGCGGCAGUUCUGAGCCUUCAAUCGACUUUCAGGUGACUCUGUGGAAGCAAGGUAAAUAACUUGAUUUGAUUCAAAUCUCCGUUGACAAUCCUUGCCUGACUGCACUUGUUAACCUUCCUGACAGGUCGUCCGUCUCAAACAGUUACCCCAAGUUAUUUCCCUUUUCCAUUUUCGAAAUUUGUCAUCAGUUUUAAAAUUUAACCCUGUCAACCCAAAGCUACCUAUCUUUCUCAUUUCUAUUUUUCUUUUCCAUAUUUCGCACUGAGUUUUGCUCGAAACCAAAACUGCUCAUGAUCUAUCAGUUGGCCUCACAAAGAUUCAAUGUUCCUGAAUUCAGGUUUUUUGAAUGUAUAUUUUCUCAGCCCUUUAGUACUUUUGAUUCGAUCAUAUUUUGAACUCUCUGUACCUUUCCGUGGAGUCUCUUAAAGGUAAAUUUCCUGAAGAGCACAAACAUGUUGCGUGACACGAUGAGACUUAACAGGGCUGGUAAGAGUCAUGACAUGACAGUCAUGCGAUCACUCCCACCGAUCAUCUCGUUUGGGCCAAAGCAGCCCAGCAAAUAUUUACUUAGCCUAAUAGCAGGGAGCGAUGCGAGCAUAGGAGAGCUUUGCGAGGGCUGGGUUCGCGAACACAUCUGUGCAUGUGCAAACGUUGCAACGACCAUAUAAAGGAAGGAUAACGCUAUCUAACUGACGAAUCGCUAUCCGGCGGAUGUAUGCUAACAAACGUAGGCGCUAUAGAGAUUUGUGCAGAGGAUAGGGAUAUCCACACUACGAACAAGCGGAGACAGGUUGGUGUUUUCAGACUGAUGGAACCAAAUUGUCUCAUACGAGCGAAAAACAAUAACACAAGCUGGAAAGUCACAGUGAUUGAAAAGCGUAUACCCUUUCUGGUCAGGCUCACAACAAGCGAUCUUGGGGUGAACACGUAUCGUAUUCCCAUUCUGAAAUCUCUGCCUGAUGGAUCCCUCAUCGCGUUAUCUGAGGGAAGGAAGUACAACUCUGCAGACGUGGGACCAAAAUUCCUGGCAAUGCGCCGUUCAACUGAUCAAGGAUUGACAUGGAGUAACACAACGUUCAUUGAGGAUGAUGGUGAAGACCCUGAUGGCCUCAAUCUCGGCACCGUUUUUGUAGACGAAGAGAAAAAUCGAGUUUUUGUCAUAUAUUCCCAUUGUGCGACCAAAUGUGUUUAUCACACCACGUUUCUGAUCAGCAGUGAUGAUUUUGGGCUGACUUGGACAAACCCAUCAAACCUGUCGGAUCAGAUUGGAUCGUCUGUGUUUCUACCAGGACCGGGUUUUGGUAUUCAGAAAAAGAAAGAUCCUCACAAGGGACGGCUUAUCACGUGUGGUCAUUCUCAUCCUGGUCAUGAUGGUGUCUUCUGCAUUGUUAGCGACGAUCAUGGAACAAGCUGGAGGGUUGCCGGGUAUAUUCUUCAGCAAGGUUCAUUUGAGCCGGAUGAAUCUCAGCUUAUAGAGCUUUACGACGGCAACCUACUGAUGACUUCACGAAACCAAGAUAAUUUCCAUUGCCAUUGUCGCAUCAUGUCCAAGAGUUACGAUGGCGGGGAAUCAUUUGCGCAUUCUGACAUCUACUUCGAUGAAGCGUUGUUAGACCCGGUAGUUGCUGCCAGCUUACUUCGUUACAGGAACACGGUUUACUUUUCGAAUCCGGCCAGUAAGCUUUUCCGAAUUAAUAUGACCGUCCGCUGGAGUGAGGACAAUGGCGAAUCAUGGGUGGGGUCCCUCGGAGUGUGGAAGGGUCCAAGUGGGUACUCCUGCCUGACUACCAUCCCUGGAACGCAAGCAAACAACACCUUCAUUGGCAUGGUGUUUGAAAAAGGAGUUACUCGCUACUAUGAGAGCAUAGCCUUUGUUAGAUUACGGUUGUGAAACACUGAUCGAACAAUUACAUCAGCACCCUGACAUUUUUUUUUUUUGGAAUUUUUUUCAGGGUCGCACUCCUAGUAUCAAUUAUAAAAUUUUAUAACGACAUUAUCUCUGUGAUUUUUUUUCAACCUAAGGCUAAGAGGUUGGUUUCAAAAUUAAUUAAAACGAUUCUGUCAUCGAGACCAUUUUAAAACCUUGUGGCGUAACUCGCAGUUAAGCCCCAUUCCUCGAAACCAAUUUUGUAGCUCAUCAAGGCAAGGAAAUAUUGUUUUGACCAUCUGAUCGUGCGUUUGUGGUUCUGUUAGUGUGUGCGUCUGUAGAAGAUGCAAAGGAAGAUUGACGAGUUUCGCAAUGAUAUACUUUAUACAAAAAAGGAAAUGUGAAGCGACUGGUGGAUUAGUUGUGAUAACUAGGGAGUAUCAUUUAGCCGACUGGAACAAGUCGACUUUUUGUUUUAAGGCACACUCGUGACUCAACAGAGGAGGAUCAAAAAAAGGGAUUUGGCGAUACAUUCAAUAACAAUUAUAGCCCAUUAAGUGCUAGUUUCGUAUUCGCAUGACAAAAACUAGAAAAAAACGUAACAGCCUAACGUAAAAAUUUUGACUUCAA